AUGGCCUCCGUGGAGGCGCUGCUGCGUUUGCCCACGGAUGAGGUCCAGUCAUGUCCUCCUAUUCUUGCUGACGAGGAUGUUUUGCUUGUCCUUUCUGAGCUGGAGACCAUCCUUCGCAAGUCUCUCUACGCCGUUCGGUACGCGUUGGUGUCCCCCUUCUCCGUCUUUCUUCACCUUCUGUUGCAACCCGCGAUUUUGGAGUGCCAGGAGGUCUCGCGGGCGCUUUUGGUCCCUGUUGAAGAAGGACGCUGCAUUGACCUCUUGGCAGACAUCUGCGCCACGCUGCUGCGGGCGGAGCAGCGCACCUUCCGUGGCAAGGUGAAUAUGGAGGGAUUCUUUGAGCUGGUUCAGCAGCUCUGCGCCUCUGCGACGUUGAAGGAUCCCCUCGGCGUGGUGCUGAUGCCGUGUUUCUUGACCUUUCUCCAUGUUGCUGUGGAGAGUGAAGACGACUACCGUCAGUGCCGUGCCUGCGCGAGUGUGCUCAUCACGCUCAUCCGCGGGUCCAAGGCAAACAAGAAUCGGAUGAGUGUAGAAUGUGGCCGCAUUGGUGAGGCUUUGACGAAGUCGAACGAUAUCUUUUUUCAAAUGCAGUGCGUUGAGAUGCUGUUUCGGCUCUACACACACAAUCGCACGGUGCUGUCAACUUCAACGCUACCUGAGUUCCUAAAGAAGGGCGUGGCGGAGCUUCCCAACGACGCCAACCUCUUAAAGAGCGUCCAGACCUUGCUUGACGCCUAUAACAUGGAAUACGCCCGCUUUGAACGGCUGCAGUUUACGGCCCUCCGUAUUGAGGCGGGUGGCGAGGAGGUGUGUGGCCACACAAGCAUGUACUUUUCCCCCUUGAUUCUCGUGAUUAUGAUUCCAGGGUGCUCCGGGGAUAACAUCACUAUUCCGUACGAACACAUUCGCUCGGUGAAGCUUUCAAAGGAGCGAAAGCUUGGUCUUCGCCUGCACGUCAUCCCUGCAAGACUCUCCCAUCUCAUGAGCCUUGAGAGUGCCACUGAGACGCUUAUGAUUUCGUUGACACAGUCGACUUUCAGUGCUAUUCGAUCCUCUGGGAUUCACGAAUGGAUUGCCGAGAGGAAGCGUCGGGUGCCGGUCAGUCGUAUUCGUCAGCAACUAGAAACGGCAGUGUUGCCAACCGCGGCGGCACCGGCGGCUGCGGUGGGAAAUUCUCAUUCCCGAACUGCCUCCGUACAGGACCCCGAGCUCGUUCCGGGGGAGAAUGGCCACUUUAUUUCUCACCCUGCCCCGUGCGAGGCCCCGGAGAACGUUUCUCCCAAGCGAGGUGUGAAUGUGCCGCAGCAACGGAUCCGCUCCCGACCUUCCUCACCGAAGGGAAAACAACCAACUACUGAGGCAAAGGCGGAGAAAGAGAGCGAGGAGGCAAAUGGUGUGCAUGGGCAGGCGCUUCGUCAGCUGCACGAGGCCGCGUCACACAAGCUGGCGCGAAUGCGUCAGGAUUGCCAGGGGGAACUUCAAUGCGCUGUGGACUUCAUGCAGGAGGAGUUGGAGAAAAUGCGUCGGCUUAACGCGCGUGAGCGUGACGAGUUUGAGGCCUCUGUGCGAGAAGAUUUAAUAGCCGUGCGGGAGUCUGAGGCCCAAGUAAAGGCUCGUGCCGCGGAGUGCGUGCAGUCGCUUAACCAAGAGCUGACGGAGAUUCAGGCCCUGAGCGAGUUGCUGAAGGGUGAAGUGGACAAGCUGCGAGAAAACCUCUCAGCGGCCCUAAAACGCUCCGAGGCUGUGGAGGAGGAGUCACUGGUUCGACUUAAAUCGAUCGUGGAUGAGGACAUGAAGUCGAUGGAGGAGACGUUGUUGCACUUGGUGGCAUCGACAAACCCACUCUCCUUCCUGGCAAACUAUCUCACGCGAAAGUUAGACGGCAGUGAGGCAUAG